AAUAGAUGCUUAUGGGUAUAAAGUAUUGCGUUUGCAUGGUUGUAAACAAUAUACUCAGAUCUUUUCUCUACCCUCUAUUACUAUUAGUAGGUGCUGAAAUCAUAAUAUCUUAUAAUAUUAUUCCUUUACUUCUUUUAGUCCAAUUGCAGCUAUUUCAUUAGUAUAAGGUUGGAGGAACUGUUAUGUGGAUGUUCAGCUAGGAGCUGAUUAGUCACAAUUCUGAGGAAAAUAUUAUAGUUAAGUAUGUAGUGGGGAAUUAGUUUGAAAGUUAUUGCUGUCCUACCUAGCACACCCAUCUUCUUUUGACUUUGGGGUUACCUUGGAUUUUCUUACUGUCAUCAUCUUUAUUUAUCAUACAUGUACCUUAAAAUGUUCCAAUGGUAUUGUAAUUGUAUUUACUAGUACCAAGUUGCUCAUAGGCCUAGAUUUUUAGAAAUAAAAUAUUUCUGUUUGAUUUAGAAAAUUUGAUGCAUAUCCUUGCAAUUUGUUAAAAUAUAUUCCUAUAAUUUGCUGGUGCUUGAUGGCUCAUUGAUCCAAUCAUCUUUUCCUCUUUUCCUUUUGAUGAUUCUAGAUGCCCUUUUUGUUCUUACCUGUAAAAUAUCUUCUGGUUGGUCGUCAUUUUCGUUAACCAAUCAAGUCAGUGUUUUAUAAAGUGGAAAAUAAACCAAAGAUAUAUGAGGUAUCUUAGACUUCUCAUUUGAGAGAAUAGGAACAACCAUAGAACUAGACUGCCUUGCCUCUAGUCUCUUUUCCUGUAAGUCCUUGAUUGAUAGCUUCAUUGUGAAAUUCACAUGGAGGAGAAUCAACUAAAAUUAUUUGGCUUUAAGGUAGACCUCUACACCACAGGUAGGAAAGGUCAUAAGCUAUCUGAGGAGAGGAAUGGAAAUGUUAAGUCUUCAUACAAAAUUUUAUCUAAGAUUGAGAGGAGAGUUAAAGAGAAAAGUUCUAUAUCUCAACUGGAGUGCAAGAAGUAUGAAUGUAGAUUUUGCCUUAAGGAGUUUAUGAAUGCACAAGCAUUGGGGGGUCACCAAAAUGCCCAUAAGAAGGAGAGGCUGAAGAAGAGAAGAUUGCAACUUCAAGAAAAGGACACCUGUAGUGUUAAUUAUCCUUCUUUGCCAUGGUUUGAUUCUUUUUCUUUUUGUCUACCGGAAUUCACACUCUACAAGGAGUCUGUGGUUAGCCUCAAACCCUUAGGUCAGAGUCAAAUCUAUAGUUGUGAUUCAAGUCAUAUAACUCAUAACACCAAAUCUGUUAGUCUUGCUUCUCAUAAUCCAUUUGCAGAGAACACUAGUGGCAGACCUGUCGUCAUCAAGCCAUCUCCGUUUUAUAUUUCGAAAGACUCUGGAAGUCUUUAUCAUCAGUUAGGUCUUGCACCACAACCAGAUAUCUACAGCUUCUCUGAAACUGGGUGCCAGAGCCAGAAAGUGUAAAGUAUGCUCAUCCUCUGUUGUGCUUUGUAUUUUAAAAUUAUUCAUUAUAUUAUUAUUAUGGUAAGUUGUAUUGGGGUGGCACGGAACUUAGAUGCAGUAUAUUGAGACAAAGGUCAAAUUGCUGAUGAAAGCCGAAAAAGAAAACUCUUUUUCAUUAGCUUUUUACUUUUCUUAUUCAUUCUGAGUUUCAGUCCAUGGUCAGGAAUGCUUUGGUUUUAUUGUAGAUAGAGUUGAUUUUUGUUGUAGCUGCGCUUUAUAAUUGAUGAAAAAGAACAUUGCGUGUGCCAUUGUAAUAAAAUUAGGAUUGGAUGUUGGUAUUUGAUGAUCUUUUUCUCUUAUGUUUAAACAGAUUUUCCUAUCCAGAUAAUAUUAGGCCCAACUUUAAACUUUAGUUCCCCUUUUAUUGUGUAAGGAGCAAUGUAGAUAAAAGGAAAAGAAGAAGAUGAUCCCCUUUUAUUGUCUCUCAUUGCGUUUUGCUUUCAACAGGGAGUCGUAUCAAGGUUGAUCAACUCAUUAAAGAAUGCUACAACUUCUGUUUUAUUAAUAAAGUGACCCAUCAAGCAAACAUGAUAUAAGGUAGAGUUAUUUGCACAUAAUCGGAAUUGCGUCCUGGAUUGGAUUGUAAAUACUUGUUGGAUCAGAUUAUUCUU